UCACUUUUUUGCAUGAUGAUGAUGAUGAUGAGGCACCCACCGUAUGAACUUGAAAGCCAUAUCCCAUCUCCACCUGAUGUUAACGUCGUUGCUGUUGAUGAUGAUGAUGGUGGUGGCAAAAGCAAAGCCUUGUCUAAUACCUCAUGGCGAAAUUACAGUCAUGACCCUCCAUCAGCAGCAGCAGCCGCCACCGGCCGCUGCUCUUCCUUCAACUCCACGUUCUCUUUUCUCAGCUCCCACCAGAACACCAACACUUACAACGACACAUCCCCUGCUGCCUCUGCUUCUGCUGCCACCCUUCUCUGCUUUAAUGCCCCCUCGUGGCGCUGGAUCACGAAGAAGAAGCAGCAGCAGCGUCAAGGCAAUCCCGAAACAGACUCCCACUCAGUCUCUUUCAUGGCGGCGGCGGAGGCGGCAUCAGAGGACUUGACCGUCAAUGUUCUGCUGGGGAAUAAAAAGAAGCAACUCAGUGGGCAGCAGAAGAAGGAAGAGCUAGAGAGAGAGGUGAAGAUGCUGCAGAAGUUGCUUAGCCAAGAAGAGAAGGUGCAUGAGAUCCUGCAAAGCGUCCAUGAUCGGGACGUUGGCUCUUCCAUAUCUAUCCCCAAUUUCCUCCCUCCUAAGAUGAAGGAACUUCUAGCCGAGUUGGCGAUGGUCGAAGAGGAGAUUGCCCGACUAGAAUCUCAAAUCAGCCAACUCCAGACGACCCUCGAACACGAACAGGAAUCUAGGAAGGACAACUCAAGACUGGUCCAGAAACCACGCAUUCUGAAGAGAAUUCCCGAAGACGUAGUCUACUCAGCAAGGCCGAGCCCAUUGAACAGACAUGUCCCGGAGAGGAUGGGCUUUGAGACCAAAGCGCUUCAUUUUAUCAGCAAGGCGAUAAAGGGAGACUACAACCUCAAGGACUUCAGAUUGAUGGACAAGUCAGGUAAUCCAAGAUGGUUAUUUUCCGAUCAGAAAGAGAACCAACUCAUCGAGGAGGCUAAGAUCACGCCGGAAAAAUUCUCGACACGCAGUGGCUCCACUCUGAGGGCCUCGUAUUCCUCGCCAUUAAGAGACCUGAGACAUCCUACACCAAAGCCGAAGGAACGGAGAUAUGAGACUCCAUUGAAGACCUCUUCGAAAGCAGAAGAGGAGAAGCCCCAAAAAUGGGAACCCAACAAGUUGUCCGAAAGCAUUAUGAAGUGCUUGAACUUCAUAUACAUUAGGCUGCUCAGAACAUCUAGAGCAAUGGAGAUUGAGAAGUCAGGCGCAACGAUCUCCAGAUCUUUGCAGCUUAACUCGACCCUGAACUCAAGAAGCUUCAGAGCUGAGACCAGUUUAACCUCAAAAUCUAACGGAAUGUCUCAGCGGGAAUCGAGGCAGGCCGAUCCAUAUGGCGUGUUCGAGUCAGAGGAUUCGAUCCCAAGGGACAUCGGGCCCUACAAGAACUUGGUCAGAUUCACCACGAGCUCUCUGGACCCUAAGUGCAUCUCUUCUUCCAGUUCUGUUCCCCUGCUUAAGAAACUAAGGGAAUUAAUGACCCAGCUGCAGCGAAUCGAUUUGAGAUUCUUGUCGAACCAACAGAAGCUGGCUUUUUGGGUCAACAUGUACAAUGCUUGUAUUAUGCAUGGUUAUCUUCAGUAUGGCGUGCCUUCUACAGCGGAAAAGCUGCUUGCCUUGCUGAAUAAGGCAACACUGAAUGUUGGAGGCAACACGAUAAAUGCUCAAGCGAUCGAGCACUUCAUUCUGAGGAAGCCAUCAUCUUCCAACAAUAAGGAGAUUCACUGGAAAGGCGAGAAGGACAGUGGUAGUAAAGAAGCCAUGGUUCGUGAACUGUACGGGCUCGAAUCUGUGGAUCCUAAUAUCACGUUCGCUCUGUGUUGCGGGACUCGUUCCUCCCCUGCUGUGAAGAUAUACACAGCUGAAGGAGUCACAAAUGAGCUAGAAAGGUCGAAGCUCGAAUACCUGCAGGCCUCAAUCGUCGUCACCAGCUCAAAGAAGAUUGCAUUUCCCGAGCCUCUGCUCAGGAACGGGUCCGACUUCCUGGCGGAAGCUGGGUCGGGAUCACUGGUCGAGUGGGUGUGCCAGCAGCUGCCUACCUCAGGGACACUGAGGAAAUCGCUGGUGGAAUGCUUCAGAGGGCACAACAGCAACAGUGGACAGGCCCAGCUGGUCAGCGUGGAGAAGAUCCCAUAUGAUUAUGAAUUUCAGUAUCUCCUGGCAAUGUAAAGAAUCUCAGACGUACUUCAGAUUUGUUAGUUUUGUAUAAACUGUUAUUGGCUCUGUGCAUCAAAUGCAGCUCAUAAGUCAUACAACACGUAGUUUGCCCCGUAUUCUCUCGUGGAUAGGAAAGGAAAUGUUGUUAUCUCGGAAAGACUGAAGAAAUUUUCUAUUUAGAUAUUACUUAGGCUUA